AUGAUGGAUUACAGCGAUCUUGAUAGACAAAUUGAGCAGUUAAAACUCUGCGAAACUAUAUCUGAGAGUGAAGUCAAAGCGUUAUGUUCCAAAGCUAAGGAAAUCUUAGCAGAAGAGAGUAAUGUCCAGAAGGUCGAUGCACCUGUAACGCUAUGUGGUGACAUUCAUGGGCAAUUUUAUGAUCUAAAAGAAUUAUUUAAAGUUGGAGGAGACGUUCCAGAUACAAAUUACUUAUUUAUGGGAGAUUUCGUUGAUCGAGGAUUUUAUAGCGUAGAAACUUUUCUUUUAUUGCUUGCACUUAAGGUUCGUUAUCCGGAUCGUAUUACCCUCAUACGUGGCAACCACGAAAGCAGACAAAUUACGCAAGUAUACGGUUUUUAUGAUGAAUGUCUCAGAAAAUAUGGUUCUAUUACCGUUUGGAAAUAUUGUACCGAAAUUUUCGAUUAUUUAAGUUUAUCAGCUAUUAUCGAUGACAAGAUCUUCUGUGUCCACGGUGGAUUAUCUCCUUCGAUUAGAACUUUAGACGAGAUCCGAACUAUAGAUCGUAAACAAGAAGUUCCUCACGAUGGGCCGAUGUGUGAUUUGCUAUGGUCCGAUCCUGAAGAAAUUGAAGGGUGGGCCAUUAGCCCUCGUGGAGCUGGAUAUCUCUUUGGUAGUGAUGUAGUAAAGCAGUUUAAUAUUACAAACAAGCUCGAUAUGAUAUGUCGAGCCCACCAGUUAGUAAUGGAAGGCUACAAAUGGCACUUCAAUGAGACUGUACUUACCGUUUGGUCUGCUCCAAAUUACUGUUACAGAUGCGGCAAUGUAGCAGCAAUUCUUGGAUUAGAUGAAAAUUUACAAACUAAUUUCAUGAUUUUUGAAGCCGCUCCGCAGGAAUCAAGGGGUAUUCCCGCGAAAAAACCGCAAGCUGAUUAUUUUUUGUGAUUUCAUAGAAUUAGUAAUACCUAAUCGAUAUACAUGGUUCCAUUAAUAACGGAGAUAUAAAUUGAGUACCCUGUUAUAUAAGAUCUAGCACCAUUACCUAGGAAAAAAAGCAUGAAGGAGGACUAGCAAAUGUACCUUAUUGUCACUCAACUGUUAUUGGUACACUGUAAAUUUUUAUUGUGUACAUGUAUUUAUAUUAUAUUUAUAUCGUUUUAUCUAUUGCAUGAUAGAAAUGUCUCUAUAUUAAUGUUUGUGUUUAUAGCAACGUCUCUAUAUUAUUGCGACUAAUGUAAGCGGAAAUAUUUGAAUAUUCUGCUACUGUGUUCGUUCAGUAAUGUUGCUAAUGAAGUUACUUUAAGUACACGACUAUACUUCUGUUUGAUUAGUAAAUACCGACGCAAAAUCCAACCAUUAACUCUGCUAUAUGUGGAUAGUAUUUCUUUAGUAUAAAAUAAGAAUGCCUACUAAUAUAUAGUAUGUAAAGUAUCUCCUCUUUACCCUAGCUACUCGAUUUUAGAAUAAUGCAAGCACGUAAUUCUUGCAAUCUGUUAUUAUUCGAAUUAUUUGAGCUUGUGUAUACAGUAUUA